AACUGGUCAAGUCGACAAAAUAUGUCCUCCGAGUUCCGACUUCUUGAGAUGUCUGAUGAUAUUAUAAUAGUCCUUCUCUUGUAAUUACGUGUUUGUCGGUGAAUCAGCCAUGGUUUAUUUUGAGGAUAAUUUUUGGGGCGAGAAAAACAAUGGCUAUGAUGUUCUGUAUCAUGCAAUGAAACAUAGCAUCCAUGCCAGUCGAGAAUUGGCAGACUUCGUUCGUGAGCGGGCCACGGUCGAAGAAAACUAUGCAAAAUCCUUAAAUAAAAUGAUCAAACCAAACCAUAACGGAAUGUCGCUGGGCACAUUUGAACCCUGCUGGAAAACCAUCAAAACUUCCAAUGAAAUGUUUGCCAAUUCAUUUUCUCAUGCUGUUCAAGAGCUUCAUGAUCUUGUUAAAAAGAUCAGGGAAUAUGGAGAGCAACAGAAGGAAACUCAGAAAGCGUUAAAGGAUGAAUUAGCUGCAACAGCUGAUGUUGUUGCUGCCAUUCGAACAAAAACUGAUGCUGUCAUGAAGGCAAAAGAUUCUUACUAUGCAAAGUGUAAUGAAUUUGAAAGAGUGAAGAAAGAGACAACUAAUGCGAAAGACAUUGAAAAAGCUGAACAGAAGAAAUUCAGAGCAGGAGAAGAGUAUAAAUCUUUGAUUGAUAAACGUGAAGAAGCGAGGAAAUCAUUUCAUGCAAGAAUGAUUGAAACAGCUAAGAAAUUUGAAGAACUUGAAAGUAAUCAUUUGAAGAUCAUGUCUGAACAUUUACUGUCUUUUAUUGGAACUCUUGAAAGUGGCCAAGAAGCUGUGCAAAAGGUGAUUACCCAUUUCAGAACACAGGUGAAAGAAUUAACAACAAACAAGUUAUUGGAACAAUUUGUGAAAGAAAAAACAACUGGGAGAAAUGUUCCAAUUGAAAUAUUCUUUGAGGAGUAUGCAGCGACUGGAUCACUUGUUGACGUUGCUGUAGAAGAGUCGCCAAACAUUAAAAUUCGUAAGAAGAAGAAAGAAAAAGAUAAAGAUAAAGAAAAGGAUAAAGAAAAGGAAUCUAAAGAUAAGAGGGAACGAAAGACGAAAAAGAAGAAGGAAAAGGAGAAAACACAAGUUCCGAACGGUGCCAUUGAAACGAGUCCUGAUGCUAACAAAGUUUCAUCUCUACCUGGGAAUCAAGAUGGCGUUGAAGUAGACGAAGAAGGAUACAGUAUUAUUCCAAAAGAUACUGAAAGUCAUAAAUCGGCGGAGAGUACGGACUCGGACUCAGAUGAUGACGACCAAACCAAGAAAAUCAAGAUCACAAUCAAGCCUGCGACUGAGAUAACCACUGCUAGCCUUGAUGAGUUUCGAUCCAUUCAGCUUUCUCUACCUGUUCCUCCGCACAAGAAAAACGAGUCUACGUCUUCUGAAAAUGAAGCUUCAAAAACGACAUUAAAUGGUUCUGGUGGCCAGUCAUCUGUCAAAUUAUCAAAAUCUCAAGAAGAUCUUCUUUCCAUCGACUUCAGUCAGGCAUCAGUCUUCAACACAAAUAAGGAGACGCUAUUAAGUCCCGUGGCUUCAAACUUCGGACUUGGAUUUGACACUGAGAAGGAAAAUAACGAAGACCAACCACCAGACCUUGCUCCGAAGAAAAAAUUGACGAUGAAUGAUCGCAGUUAUUCUCAUGAGUUAUCAUCUUCUCUGCCUCCUAAGAAAUCAUCUUCAACAGUGUUUGGUAGUGUGGGAUCUUUGACUGAAUUAUCCCCUUCCGGAAAAGAUAAAGAAGUGGAAUCCAAGCUGUCUCCACCCGAAUCAAUCACAUUUCUUGCCCCACCUUCUGAAAUUCCAAGAUCAACAUCAGCCAAUAAUAUGGGUCGUACUGGUUCACGGCCAAGACCCAAGCCUCGUCUCAGUGCUACCUCUGCAGAUAUAUCUUCAGCUUCUCUCUCACUGAAGACAAGUACAGACCCAAUUCGUACCCAUGCUUCUCCGACACCAACUGUCACGACAACCGAGACUACUACAUCAUCAAAUUUGUCAGUUGAUCCCAAUAAACGCAUCAAGAGUACUGGUUCAGAUGAUGGUGUUGGAUCAUCAAAGACAAUAUGGAUAGAAUUAAUAGUCCUAGUAGUCAGCGUGCUGCUCGUGGAAGUGGAUCUCCUCAUCUCGACACGUAACACUGGUAUUCUUCAGCCCACUGUGAUGAGUACGGUUGCUGGUCAAGCUAUGAAGAAGAGUGAGGAGAUAAUACCAGUUGCUGUUGCCCUGGUUGAAACAGUGAAUGCACAGUUCAAAGGAAACGAUAUGUUUAGGCACAAUAUAACUGGUGAUGUGACAGUAUCUUUUCCUGCCAGUGCUGUUCAUUAUCUUUCGUCAAGUGAAGAUCCACCGAUGCUCACAUUUGCUCUUACAUGCUCUAAUUUGUUAGGCAACAUCUUUCCGAAUAAAGGACUUAUAGAGAGUGAUGAACCACCAGCAGACAGAAAUGCAAAAUAUUUCAAGUUUAAAAUGGAAGCUUUGAUCGCACAUUUGAAGAAACAAUCUGAACAAGGAUCAGCUCCCUACUAUAACAUUGACAUCCUUAAAUAUCAAGUCCAACAAGAUAACGCUUUAACCCCUUUGGCAUUAAGUUGUUUUUGGAAAUGCGAAGAAAGGACGACUGAUAUUAAAAUUGAUUACCAAUACUCGCCAUCAUGUUUGUCUGUGGCCUCGCCUCUGAAUAAUGUUUCAUUCAUCGUACCUGUGAAUGGUGGGGUAGAAAUUAUGCAGUCAAAACCUGUAGCGAAAUGGUCUAAAGACCACAAUAAAGCUCUUUGGCAAAUACAGGAGUUGUCAAACAGUUCUGAUGGCAAUGGUUCGGGUUCUCUGAGAGCUCGUUUCGAUCUUUUGGAAGGACCGAGUGUACCACAAACUAUUGCCGUACAGUUUCACUGUAAUGGAUCAACACUGUCUAAAUUAGAUUUUCAAUUGAGUAGUGAUAUGUAUAAAUUGUCUUUGGUGAAGAGGAAAAUUGUUACAGGAAAAUAUACAGCAGAUCCAAGGUAUGAUUUUGAAUUGCAACUCUAAUGGCUCCCGGUUAUGAGAAAAAAUGUUAAAAUCAAACCAUUGGAUUACGAACAAUGAGCAAAUUCACCUGUAUUUACAUUCACAAGAAUUCAAAUGUUGAAGAAGCAAUGAUUUACCAUUAUAUGGAAACUCUGGAACAUGGAAGGAGAGAUGCAAACUGACGCAAAAGAAAGAUAUCUAAAUUGCUGCAUGUGUAUGGGUUGUUAAUAUUGUUUCAAUUCACCGUUAUAUAAAAGGCGUCUUGUGUUGCAUUAUGGUAGAAAAAAUUAUAUGUAAAUUCAACUUGUCAUUUCCACCACAAUGCAACGCAAGCGCAAUCAUUUUUAUGACAGUAAAACAUCGCAUCACAAAGUGAGUCACACGUUUCGUGAAGUGCUCUAAGUUUUUAACUCGCGAAACGUUUGCCCUGUUUCUGAUGUUUACCAACGCAGGUAAACAUGGACAGUAUGGGAAACCUGUUCUAGGUUUUCGUACAGUCAUAAGGAAACCAGUUUCACAGUGCAUGCUGGCUUUAACAUCCGAUCUUGUCUAUCAAUCUACACUGAAUACUUUAAUGCCCUGAUAAUUCUGUAAACUUAAAUUAAGCAACUUGCAGUUUUCAUUUGCGUCCACUAUUAUACUCAUUUGAAGAAUUCACAAGUCUUUUCUACGUAAAAUCUUUGAGCAAUAUUAUCACCUUUAUGUGUAUUUGAAAAUUUAAAAUUGAAAAACGAAAUCCUAUGCUUUAAAUACCCCAGGCAUGUCGGUAUUAAAAAUUCUUACCACGAGGCAACUGAUCAGAAGUCAUUGUACUAGCUAUAGGUAUUCAAAAGUCUCCAGUGAAUUUUUCACCCUUUAUGAUGUUUAUAUCCAAUCGAAAAAUAGAUUUUCUUGAAAGACUAAGAGUAAAAAUGACGAAUUGCUACAACAUUUUGCAACAAGUGUGUAUUUUGAACCUUGCUUUAUCUCAUGAUGUAUUUGUAGAACUGUUUUAAAUAUGAAAGUGAAAACGGAA